AUGAAGAUAAAACUGACUAGAAAACAGCUGAACAGAGAUGAAGUGAACGAAUUGACAGCCACGGCUUGUUAUUUGUUCAUACUUCGUGGAAAUAGACAGAAACACUUUUUGAAUCAUACAAGACAAAAGCAAGUGGACGCUUUUGUGCUGGUAAAUGAUGAGAUAUACAAAGUGAACGUUGAUCGAAAUGUCGAUAGUUAUCUGAUGAAUAUCGACGGAACUUGUGUGAAAUUCCAUUCCUCGUCUAACCUUGCAUCAAAUCUUGUAGAAGCAACAAUAAAUGAGAAAAAAGUCUUUGUACAGAGUUUGUCAAGAAAUGGUCAAAAUAUCAAACUUCAACAUUAUGGAUCAAAGUUUGAUGUCAUCGUGAUGAAUGAAACUCAGAAUGAUUACUCACGAAAUAUGAAAGAAAAACCAAAGGAGGAUUUGACGCCAUUUUUGGAUUCACGAAUGCCAGGCACAGUGAUCUCAGUUACAUGUGAACCAGGACAAGAGGUAGCUGAAGGUCAAGAGGUUUGUGUUGUUGAAACUAUGAAAAUGCAAAAUAGUUUAUGCGUUCAGAAAUCUGGCCGAAUUAAAAAAGUGAACUGUAAACCAGGAGAUAAAAUAUUGGAAGGUGAUCGACUUAUUGAGCUCGAGUAACACUGACUUUUAAAGAAACUUUGCUAAACUGGAGUGAUCCAUAAACACAAGAGAAAAAAACAACAACAUUUUCCUGUUCAGACAAUAUUUGAAGUGAAGAAAUUUAAUCAACAAAGAUUUUCUUGUAUCAUGUGAAUAAUUAAAAAUGCAUUGUUUCAAAUAUUAUAGUUCAACAAUGAAGGAAAAUAUGUUAUGAUUAACUGAUGCAGCAGAGUACUGUACCUACGUACGAUAAUUAUGUACGUGCAUAAAUGAUUGAUUGUUGUAUUGUUUAUUUGUUUGUGUGAAUUGUGAAUAUUUAGUUUCAAAUGCUAAAGUUCAACAGUGCAUGAUUGUGAAUGAAUAUUGAGGAAAUGUAUUACAAAAUCAUAAAUUAGUUGUUGCCAUUGUUUUCAAU